UCGGGAAGUAAAGGAAAGUAGAGAAACUAGAUUUGGAGAAUUUAGUUGGUAAAAGAUGGAAAAGGAGAGCAGUUCCCCUUGGGAAAUGGGGUUGCUGAGAACUUUUGACUCCAGUGAAUUCAUUAGCUGGGAGAAGAUCGGUUCCGGGGGAUUUGGACAAGUUUACAAAGUACGACAUAUUCACUGGAAAACAUGGCUAGCAAUCAAAUGUUCCCCAAGCCUCCAUGUAGAUGAGAAAGAGCGUAUGGAACUUUUAGAAGAAGCCAAGAAGAUGGAAAUGGCCAAGUUUCGCUACAUUUUGCCUGUUUAUGGCAUUUGCAGAGAACCUGUUGGAUUGGUUAUGGAAUACAUGGAAACUGGAUCACUUGAAAAAUUACUGGCCUCAGAGCCUUUACCAUGGGAACUCCGUUUUCGGAUCAUCCAUGAGACAGCAGUAGGCAUGAACUUCCUGCACUGCAUGUCUCCACCACUACUCCAUUUGGAUCUCAAGCCUGCAAACAUAUUGCUGGAUGCACAUUACCAUGUCAAGAUUUCAGAUUUUGGAUUAGCCAAAUGUAAUGGCUUAUCUCAUUCCCAGGAUCUCAGCAUUGAUGGAUUAUUUGGUACAAUUGCUUACUUACCUCCAGAACGUAUAAAAGAGAAGAGCAGAUUCUUUGAUAUCAAACAUGAUGUGUACAGUUUUGCCAUUGUUAUCUGGGGAGUACUCACACAGAAAAAGCCCUUUGCAGAUGAGAAAAACAUUCUGCAUAUUAUGGUAAAAGUUGUAAAAGGCCAUCGCCUGGAGCUACCCCCCAUUUCCAAAUCCAGACCUCGUGCCUGUAAUAACUUGAUUAGACUCAUGCAGAAAUGCUGGCAGGAUGAUCCCCAAAGUCGGCCAAGUUUUCAAGAAAUCACUGCUGAAACUGAAGACCUCUGUGAAAAACCCGAUGACGAAAUAAAAGAAACAGUCCAAGACCUGGAUAUAAAAAACCCUCAGGAACCAAAAACCGAGGCAAUAUCUAUCCCAGCUCAAUUUAAGGGUGCAUCUACACCAACAUUUGAUAAGGACUACAGUCUUUCAGAGUUACUCUCUCAGUUGGAUUCUGGAAUUUCACAGACUAUAAAACAUUCAGAAGAACUGAGCCGUAGUUCCUCUGAAUCAAAACUUGCAUCUUCUAGCAGUGGCAAAAGACUUUCUGGUGUAUCUUCAGUAGAUUCAGCCUUUUCUUCCAGAGGAUCACUCUCUCUUUCUUUUGAACGAGAGAAUUCAACAAGUGAUAUUAGCACAACUGAUAUUCAGAAGAGAAAGCUUGCAGAAGCAAUUAUGUCUGGUGAUACUAGCAAGUUGAUGAAGAUCCUACAGCCUCAGGAUGUUGACCUGAUCCUAGAUGGGAAUUCCAGCCUCCUUCAUCUGGCAGUGGAAGCAGGCCAGGAGGAAUGUGUCAAGUGGCUCCUACUGAAUAAUGCCAACCCCAAUCUCACCAAUAGAAAAGGCUCAACUCCUCUUCAUGUAGCUAUAGAAAAAAGAGUCAAGAAUGUUGUUGAACUUAUUCUGGCCAGAAAGAUAAAUGUUAAUGCCAAAGAUGAAGACCAGUGGACAGCUCUGCACUUUGCUGCACAAAAUGGGGAUGAAUCUAGCCUCAGGCUCCUAUUAGAUAAGAAUGCCUCCUUUAAUGAGGUAGAUUUUGAGGGGAGGACUCCUAUGCACAUUGCCUGUCAGCAUGGACAAGAGAACAUUGUGCGUAUCCUUCUGAGGAGGGGUGUUGAUGUGAGUCUCCAAGGAAAGGACGACUGGAUGCCUCUGCACUAUGCUGCCUGGCAAGGUCACCUACCCAUUGUGAAGCUCCUGGCCAAACAACCGGGUGUGAGUGUGAAUGCACAGACCCUAGAUGGGAGGACUCCGUUACACCUGGCAGCCCAGCGAGGCCAUUACCGUGUGGCACGAAUUCUCAUUGACCUACAGUCAGAUGUCAACAUCCGGAAUCUCUUUUUGCAGACUCCCCUUCACAUUGCUGCAGAAACUGGCCACACAAGCACUUCAAGGUUGCUUUUGAAUCGGGGGGCCGAAAAGGAAGCCAUGACAGCAGAAGGCUAUACUGCCCUCCAUUUGGCUUCCCAAAAUGGACAUCUUGCCACUGCUAAGCUACUGAUGGAAGAAAAAGCUGAUAUCUUAGUUGGAGGGCCCCUGAACCAGACAGCCCUCCAUCUUGCUGCUGCCCAUGGACAUUCUGAAGUGGUGGAGGAACUCCUUACUCCAGACAACAUAAACCUAUUUGAUGAUGAAGGGUGUACUGCACUGCACUUGGCAGCCCGGGGCAGGCAUGCGAAGACUGUGGAGAUCUUGUUAAAACAUGGGGCACACAUCAAUUUUCAAGGACUCAAGUUUCAGAGCAGUCAGCAAUUGGUGGAACAACGGGGCACCAGUCCAAUUGCUACAUUGUUACGUCGAAGUAAGACUUAGAUUGGUCCCCACUAAGUCUUUGUUUUAUGCCUCAAUCUGUAGGGUGAGGAAGGGCC